UCAGAGGGAAAAUCUGUUGACGGUUUUCCGUUUUCAAAAUCAAACGAACAAUUCCAUACGACCGGCCGGGCCAGCGGCUGUGGCGCAGCGAUCAAUACGAGUCGUAACUGUGAUAUAUAGUUAAAUAUUGUACGAAAUGUGUUUAUAAACGCGUGGCUUACCCUUUCUAACCAGUUUACUUACACCUCCGCAUCACACACCAACUCACAUUAUUUCCAUCGGUGCUUAUUUGUUAACAGUGUACCGUGCUAACCCUAAUCCUUUACCCCGCUUUGUGUGGGCUGCCUUUAUUUGGAAGUUUGUACGCCUCUAUCCCGGGAAAGCAAUGGAGUCGGAAGCCUUUUUAACACCGCGCAAGCUAUUCCAAAGCGCUCUUGCACGAACCUCAUCGCGAACGUCGAUGGCCUCCUCGCCAUCGCUAAUGGCCGUGAGGACGCCGACCUCGCUGUCACGGAACAGCACCAGCAGCUGUAACAACACCGCAACCAGCAAUCGUUUCAAUUUACUACCCGUGCUACAAACUCCUCCUUCGCGCAUAUUUAAAGGCCGCAUCGUGAAUCCCUUCGAACCGCAUCUGGUCGAACGGUUGCAUCUGCCGAUGAUCGGGAGCCCUUCGCUCUUCCACCGUCCCAGCACACCGCAGAACAGCAGCAUCACACAGUUCGAGUGGACGAUCGACGAGGUGUCCUCGCUGGGACCGGUGAACGUGGAACCGCACGAGACGCAGUUCAUCGAAACGCCCGACCCGGUCGCGGAGGCUAGGGUGCAGGCCGCUAUCAGUACCUACUUUAAGGAGCACAGCAUAGUGCCCAGCCCGAUCGACUGUCCUUUAAGAAAUCAGAAGAUCGUGCUGUCGAAGGACUCUAGCACCUCCACGAACUCCAGCAGUGGUGGCGCUGUUUCCAGCAAGCGAAAGGUUCGCGAUGGAAUAAGCCAAACGGUUCUGUCCUUCCCACCGCAUCUUCCAAAAGAGAUAGAGGAUGUGUUGCAAAAGUAUCUUACCUACAACGAGGACCAGCAACAGAAACAUGAUACCGCGCUGGAUGAAUCCUCGGCCAGUAGCAUCGAUCACGAUGCACGGGAUGCUUCUUUGCGACGGAAACUGUUCAACACAUCCGCCCUGAACGACGAUGCGGACGACAGUGAUGCUGGAGGUGCGAGCCGUUACGCCAACUCGAUCGAUGAUUUCGAUCUCAGAGCCUUGAGUCCUGCUCCGGAGUCGCCCGAGGUGCUGGUGGUGGGAGAGCUGGCGAGUGAGCAGGAUCUGAAGCGAUCGCGGUACUACGGCUCGCAGGAAAUGCUCAAUCACAUUCCCGAAAGUGAUGCGGACAGUUCGUUCGGUGCACUGUCGCCCAUCUCGAAAAGCAUGGCCAGUCCUUCACCAACAGAAGCCUUCGAAUUGCACCAUUCGGACUCGGAUGCUAUUUACCGCAGUACGCCGGAACCUUCCGGGAUUUUCCAUAGUGACAACAUGUCACCGGAACUUUGCGGUAGCCGUCACUACAUGAGUGGUUCGAUAAAACAUACUGAAUUAACAAACGAACUUGCGGAAGCAAACCUGUCGGCCGACGGCGAAAGGAGCCUUGCCUUAUCAUCGCAAUCGUCUGACUCCUCUCAGCAGACGCAGCACUCCACCACGCCGUUGCGGGGUUUCCGGAGAAAGGAAAAACGCCGUACUAAUCGUAAGAAUUUGUCACAAUCUUUUCUUCAAAUCUCGGACAAGGAUCGUAACGAAGAGAACCAGUCCACCGAUAGUGCGUGCGAGGUGCGUCAUACUCGCACCACUCCAAUGAAAGCAUUGUCACCGAUAAAGGAAAUCGCUGGCUUGUCGGAAAAUGUAGUGCCUUGCGUAAACUUCUAUCGCACUGAUAGUGGUUUCAAUGAGGAAAGUCAAAGUAACGACUACGCGAAUGAACUUUCCGAUGUGUCGAUGCUUUCGGAGGACUUCUCGAACACUCCAGGAAGAAAGAGGCAAGACAAAACCGGCACCGGUCCCAGGGUCAAUAGCUAUACCAACAAUUGUUCCUCUCCUUUAAGACUGUAACGUGGUCACUAAUCGCCAUAAGACUCAUUACGUUAGGGAACGAAAUCAAAAUGCAAAAAACGUUUCGGCCAACAAAACUCUAGCAAAAUUCCUAAUUUGAUAGCUCAAUUGUGUAUUUCGCAAUAUUUAGUUAAUGAUUUUAAUGCAAUGGAAAACGGAAACCGACUCAAACGAAGCGUGUGUGCGCACUGAACUGAAU